AUGAUAAGUCUACCAAUUGCAGCGAUAGCAGCAAUAGCAGCAUUUACUCCAGGAUCAUUGGGCGUAAAUUCAGAUUCAACAACUGUGACAUUCUUGGUGCAAGCAGGUUUAUCUACAGUUGCUGUAUCUUCUUUAUGCAUUGCUUUACGUUCAAUAAAUUACUACGAACUGUGCAAAGGAAAUAGAACUUCAGUUGUAAAUAGUAAUCAACCUUUGCAAAAUUCAACACUUUCAACUGUAGGCGGUCUGUCUUCUUCAUCUGUAGAUAAUGAUUUACCUCCUCCAUAUUCAGAAGUUGUGAUUAAUACGGAACCUACUUUAGUUAAUGAUCGACCUCCUUCAUAUUCAGAAGUAGAACGUGUUGAGAUAUGA